CCGGGAAAGGUAUGAAUAUAGUAGAGAAAGACAGAAAAAUUCAAAAGCAGACUAUAUGACAAGACAAACACUGAAGGGUAUAUGUGCGGGACUCAAGUAGAGAAAUGGGAAUAGAACUUUGCGUAGCCAAGGCGAUGAUCAACAGGAAUCCAUAUCAUAGACCUGUUGGGGGUAUAAGCCUUGCUAGCAUUAAAGUUGAUUGCUUGUAUGCUCGAAUAAUUCUUGCAGCGAUGCAGGAAGGUAUGAAUGACCUUACCUGGCGAGCAACCAAACGACAGCACCAGCCCGCGCAAUGUUCCAGCAACCUUAGAGAGCGCACCCCGAAAUCACACCCAGUUUAUCCAAGGCCUGGUGUAUGCGAUGAUAAAUUGGCAGGAACGAGGCCAGUAGAUGUACCAAACAAGACUUUAUACAGUGUGCCUUCCAGCGAUAGGCAGCGAGGUCUCAAAGUAUCUCAGUCGUGAUGGAUAGCUCCAGGCUUGAAAGCCAACCAGAUUGGGUCCAAAACUGCUCAGGAAUUCGUAGUGUUGGACCAUUGAAGCAAGGAGCAAA